CGAACUGGCUCCCCGCUAGGCUCCGAGCGUCGCCAUUUCUAACCGCCAUUUCUAACGUCAGGUUGGCGCUCCUUGUUCUUUUGUACAGGAACAGACGUGCUUGCUCCACGCAGAAAGCCAAGCAACAUUGCCACCGGGCGGCCAGCGUGUACGAGGGCUUGUGACGUGGGUCCCCGACUAAGGCAGGCAGACCUCUAUUUUUAGCACGGGAGUUGUGUCUAUAUUGGGCCUAGCUGCUGCUGGCCUCUCACCAAGGCUCAGAUGGGAGCCAAGGUCACAGCACAGGAGGGUGUUUUACUCUGGGUUUGGCUUCUCUAGAGCUGGCCAGCCAGCAUGGACCCGUCCCCGCGCACAGCAGUUCAGGCGAAUCCUGAGCGUGACGCCAUCCUGGAGGUGGGAGAAAAAUGCUUUCUGGUCAACCGGUGGGCACUGGCCCGCCACAGCUGCUAUUUUGAGGCCAUGUUCUUUGGUGGCACCCGGGAGAGCGUGGAGCGGCACAUCCGGAUCGGGGGGAUCGAGGCAGAGCCCUUUCAGGCGCUUCUAGACUUCACCCGGACGGGCAGCCUCUGCAUCGCCCCCGGCAACGUCGCCAGCCUUCUGCAGACAGCCGACUUCCUGCGCUUUGAGGCUGCCAAGAGGCGCUGCGAGGUGUUCCUGGAAAGGGAGCUGCACGUCUCUAACUGCCUCAGCCUGAGGGCCUACGCGCAGCACUUCGCCUGUGUGGCGCUCGCUUCUGCCGCCCUCAACGUGGCCCUCACCCACUGGGCCGACGUGGUGGCCCACGGAGAGGUCGAGGAGCUGCCCAAGGAAACCCUGAGGGAGCUGCUACAGAGCGACGAGCUCUUUGUGGCCCGCGAGGACCUGGUCUUUGACACCGUGAUGCAGUGGGUUGUUGCGGACCUGCCCGGGAGGGCCGAGAGUUUCCUGGAGCUGGUGGGCCUGGUGCGGGUCCCCUUCCUCAGCCUCUCCUUCCUCGACCACCUGGUGAAGCGGAGCCAGCGCCCUGGGCUGGACGCUCCUGCCCAGCUGCUGAAGGAGCUGGACCGCUGUCCGCCCCCCAGCUGGAAGGACGUCGCCCAGGCCCCCUGCGUCAGCCGGAGCUACGAGACCCUCUUCGUGGUCGCUGGGAAGCGCGACCAAGAGCAGCAAGAGCUCUUCCACUUUCUGCCCAAGGCCGGAGUGUGGCGAGCUUGCUCGCCCCUCAAGCGCAGAAACCUCACCCAGUACGCUGUGGCUGCAGUGGGCAAUUUCCUCUUCGUGACAGGAGGAAACUUCCGCGAGGAGUUUUUCUGGGCCCCUGUGGACUGGGUUUUGAUCUACAACAGCUGGGAUGACAGCUGGCAGGAGGGGCCGGCCAUGAAGGAAGCUCGCAACAGCCACUGUGCGGUGGGGGUUGGCUUCCACCUGUACGUGAUGGGGGGAAGUGCCCCAGAAGGCAUCACCCCCAGCGUUGAGCGCCUCGCCCUGGCAGAUUCCUCCUGGGAACCCACCAGUCCCCUGAUCCAUCCCGUGGAACGAGCCGGAGCUGCCGGUGUGGGGACACGGAUCUAUGUGGUCUGCGGCCUGGACGAGAAUGGGGACGUGUGCCGGGCAGUACAGCGGCUGGACGUGGAGACGGACAUGUGGGAUGUUGUUUCUUUCUCGCCACUGCCGAGGUAUGACCUCUGCGUGGCAGCUCUGAAUGGGGCCAUCUACACCAUUGGAGGGGGGGCCUUUCGCUUCGACGUGUGCACUGAUGAGUGGACACCCGUGGAUGAUGGCUUGGCCCAGAAGUUCUUUGAAGGAUGCAGCACUGCCAAUGGACGCAUUUAUCUGUUGGCAGAGAGGCGGGGGAAUGCUGCGGUCCCAAACAUGGUGAUUCUGGACCCCUACAAGGAAGUGUGCCAGGAAGUGGACCACAAGCUCCUCUGCCCCCUCCCCAUCCACGGAGUGGCCUCUGUGCGGAGAUUCGACACCUGGGUGUGACAGGUGUAGUCAGGGUUGUCGCCUCCUUUCCAAAGAGAGCUUUAGGGCAGGGGCAAGUUCAGACUCCAUGGAGGUCACGUCUGAGCCUCCCAGUUCUGUCAACAUUGGCCCUGAGGCACGAGGAGGGAUUUCUUUCACAGGGUCAUGGAACAUCUAGUCCAAUCCCUGUCUAGUGCAGGAAUCUACUACUGCUGUCUCCCCAACCGAAGGCUAUCCAGCCCCUGUUGAAACGCCUCCCAUGAAGAGUCCCCCACUGCCCAAGGAAGCCGGUGUCAGCGUUCAGCAGCCCUAACCACUAGGAAACUCUUCCCAGUGUCUGACGUCUGCAGGCUAAACGUACCCAACAUCCCCAACUGUUCCUCAUCGUUUUUCCUCUCCAGGUCCCGUGUCACCUUGUUUGCUCUCCUCUGGAUAGGUCCCGCUUUUCCAAUACCCUUCCCAAAAUGCAAAUAGGACUGAACGCUAUCUGACGAAUGCCAAAUAGAGAGAAACAAGGACUUCUUUUGGUCUCGAUUCGACCUGUGGAUGCAGCCUAGGAUGGCACUGCUACAAGAACUCUUGGGUAGAUGCCCUUUAGCCCCAGGAAUUGAUUUAGUUUUAUCAAUGUGGCUGAUUAUUUAUUUAGUCAAUUUAUAUAAUCACCCACUUAACGAACAGUGCCGGGCAGCGUACAGUUCAAACAACAAUAUCAAAGUAAAAUAACAAAAUACAUAACAACAUAGUAAGAGUUAAUGCAGAUUACAUCACAGUCAGUUCAGCAACCAAAAGUGAUCCAUCCAGAUCUGCUGAUAAAUCCUCCUGAGCGUUUUUUAGCAGAACAGCUUAAUGACAUCCCUGACUGGCUGCCUAUUCUGAAUAUAUUGGAAGAUUUUUCAGGGUUUCCUUCUUAAUGUUCUUCGCCAGGCCCUCCUCGAAGGGUUUGGGUGUUUUCUGCAUUGUUUACGAACGCUUGCAGAGAUGUUCCGCUUUGUUUUCUUCUUUGGCUUCGAAUGGAGCCUCUGACCUUGCUCCUGAAUUGCUCUGGUGCCCCUUGGACUUUCCAGAACUCUUCCUGAUCUGAGGAAUGUGUCCUAGCUGGGAUUCUUUUAUUAUGGCUUUGCAUCUUCCACAAGCAUCGGACUGACCUUCCUGACUCAGCUCUUCAACUUCAAGUUUUUCACUCAGUUUGCUCUCCUGAAGUCACGAGUGUGUUGGACUUUCUCAGCAAGCACAUGCUUACAUCCACAUGGAUGAGGAUAGCAUUACGAUCACUGUUACGUAUCCCCCCCCCUUUUUUCAACAGACUGUUCUUACUAUUUGGAAUGGUUUAUAUCGUAGGGUAGAAUUUCCUGAUGACAUAUUAUAUGAUUACAUGUAAUCUGAGUUAGUUCUAUGUUUACCUUUAGGUACAACUUUCGGUUAGAUUUCUGGUGUUAGGUUUUGGCUGGCUUCCACUGCCCUCUGCCAGGCUUUGUUGUAAGUGUGGGCAGGAGGAGGGGUGUGGAGGUGGUGGACUUGUUCUCCAUGGAAACCCCAGUUUUUGCCCAUUUUUUGUGGUCUGUUUCUGUUUUGUUGUUUUAUAUUCUUAAUUUUAGGCUUA